AGGGUAGCAUUCCUCUUGGCUUGUCUGGGCCGGAGUCCUCUCCACUCCACGCAACGCAGACAGGAGGAGUAGGAGGAGAGGAGAAACCCCUGCGCAAGAAAGAAAGAAAGAAAGAAAACCAAAGGCGAUCGAGUCCUUAGACCAGCACAGAACCAACCGGAGCCGCCCCAGCUCCGCACGCCUGCUGCCGCUUGCUUUUAUCCAACGACCUCGCCUUCUGGUGCGUGCGUGCGUGCGUGCAAACUCCAUCCACCGAGCUCGGACAUGGCGAAGCCACGCCGGAGCAGAUUCGCUGUCGCCGGGUGCGGAUGCUUCGGAGGCCAGGCUCGGGGGAAGGUGGCAGAGGAUGAGUACCCGGUGAAGCUGCAUAUCUACGAUCUCAGUCGGGGGAUGGCGCGGCAGCUCUCCACCACGGUGCUCGGCAAGCCUAUCGACGCCAUCUGGCACACAGGCGUGGUGGUUCAUGGCAAAGAGUACUACUUCGGGGGAGGCAUCCAACAAGGCCGGCCUGGAAGGACGCCGUACGGGACUCCUGCCCGAGUAGAGCAUUUUGGGGUCACGCAUGUCUCCAAGGAGGACUUUGAAGGCUUUCUGCAGGAGAUCAGCCCGCGCUACACACCAGAAACCUACAACCUCCUCAGCAACAACUGCAACCACUUCAGCAAUGAGGUGGUCAAGUUCCUCGUUGGUUCCACAGUUCCGAGCUACAUCCUCGACCAGCCCAAGGAGGCAAUGAAGAGCCCGAUUGGCGCGCUGAUAAUGCCGAUGCUUCAGGGGCUGGAGACAACCAUGAAAGCCGGAGCUGCUCCACAACAGCCUCCACAAUUCGUGCCUGCUCCUGCAGCGGCGUCGCAGAUGCAGCCUUCCACGAAUAACAUUCAGAUGCAGUCGAGAUCAGUCACCGCCGAUGAACCAGGUGCUGACAAGACGGCGGAUCAUGACAGUGGAAUCAUACCUGCUCCCAAAGAAGCAGGGGAGGUGCAGCCUUCCGCAGGUAGCACUCAGAAUGAAAUUGCCACGGAUGAGAUGGUGAGCAAUGACGGCGGGAUCAUCCCGCCUGUGGUGGUGCUACCCACUCCCAAGGGAGUGGGGCAGACACAGCCCUCCACGAACAACGACCAGAUAGAAUCAAGAUCAGUCACCGCCAAUGAAACUGGCGCUGAUGAAAUGGUUGACAGUGAUGGUGGCAUCAUCCCGCCUCCUGCAGAACCAGCUGCUCCAGCCGCAGCGACGCAGACAGAGCCUUCCCUAAAUAGCAUUGAGCUCCAGACAGUGGACGAGGGCACUAGGAUGGUCACCCCGCCAGCCGUGCAACCAGCUGCUCCAGCAGCGACGGUGGCCAAGGUGACUCUGCCAGCGGCAGCAGCUUCAGAUCCCCUCGGAGAGGCGAAGAGCCGAGCACAGGAGGAGCUAAAGCAGGAGUUUGCGGCCAUCAUGGCGACAGGGACUGUGCAGGCUGGUGAUGCGGCUGCCCUCGCGAUGAGAAGGGUCAUGGAGCGGCAUGGGCUGCGGCGCGCCGCAGUUCCCACGCAACAAAGGUAGAACAAAGUGUGUGUCCUUUGUAUGCAGAACAGGGUGCUCAAGAUGUAAUUGCUGAUUGCAUUCAUCAAGUACAUUUAUCUGGUUA